GCCUGAUUGGCCUUGCAUCACGGGAACCAUUGGCUGUGUUUCUCCAUCCAACAUGGCGUUGUUCCGGUCCCUUGGAAGCCGCUGCUUGACGGCGGCGCGCCCCUCCCUCUUUCGUGCCGCCUUCAGUACCACAGUCGAUGCCGACAUCGUCCCUGCGUCCAUCAAGUCGACAGGAUUCUCCGUGGUGCGCCACCCCGUGAACGACGCGGCGUUGAGUGUGUCGUUGGAAGCGGGCGACGUGUUUGCCGUCGUCAAGCUCGGCGGCACCCAAUUCAAAGUGACCCAGGGCGACAUCGUGAUUGCUGAAAAGAUCAUCGACGCCAAGGUCGGGUCGAUCUUGGACUUGAACGAAGUGCUGCUCAUCGGGUCGCCCAACGAAACCAUCAUCGGCCGACCGUUCAUCACUGGCGCCGUCGUCCAAGCGCGCGUGGAAGAGCAAACGCUCGACAAAAAGAUUGACAUUUUCAAGAAGAAGCGGCGAAAGAAUUACCGCCGAUGGAAUGGAUUCCGUCGUGAAGUCACCGUGUUGCGCGUCACGAACGUGCUUCCUGGCGAUCUUUAAACUUCAUAGACAAGUCGGUAGAUGAUGAUAAAGGAGGAGGGCCGUGUGGCUGGAGGCACAAGCUUAAGAUCGAUGCGUAUGUACCAUAAACAUGGCUCUGUUUCGUCCAUGUUGACGUUUUCGACGGCAUCAUGGCCAUAAUGCCUA